GUUUUAAUUUGUUGUAAACCGCAAUCGUCCGCGUACCGGCAUCAUUGUCUCCCCCGAUAUCACCAACAUAAAAGUGGCGACGAGGAAAUUUGGUAAAAAAAAAAGUGAUACACACGCAGAGCAACAAUUCCUUCCUCACGCAAACGCCGUCGUACGGACUCAUCGAUGGAGGAAGAGCAGCGCCGUCUCUCGCAGCAGUUCGAAACCCCGGGUACUGCGUUACUACAACCCGGAUACGGCCAACCGCUCCCGCCAAACGCUCCAGCGGUCGAGCAGCAGGGAUCUCAAGCGUCCUCGGUACAUUUUUCGCCAUCGCUAUCAUCAGCGCCCACAAGCCUUCAUCCGCCAUCGCUCGCUCCAGCCGUUUCGAUGCAGCACCCGCCAUCGCUACCAGGCGUGUCACAAAACGGUGAGCCAACAAUGUAUCAAAUAAUGCAGCUUCUACGCCAAUUAAUGACAAAAAUUGAGCAACAGCCGCCAGCAUCACUGCCCACAAACGCAUCGCAGCAGCAGCUACCAGUAGUGCAUCCGCCAAGUGCAUCACAGCAGCAACCACUAGUAUCGGAAAUCGCGUCGCAACCGCAGCAGCAGCAUCGGUCAGCUCCAGCCAAUCCGGAGCAAAUCCUGGACUCGCUGGCGAGAAACAUCACCGAAUUCCGCUUCGAGGCUGAAGCCGGUCUAACGUUCGAGGCGUGGUACUCGCGCUACGAGGAUCUGUUCGUCAGUGAUGCAGCCAGGAUUGACGAUGCGGCCAAGGUACGAAUGCUUAUGCGGAAGCUAGGAUCAAUGGAGCAUGAGAGAAGUUGCAGCAGCUACGGAAAAGGACCCUCUACUGCGCGAAGUGUACCGCUACGUCCAAUCGGGUUGGCCAGGCAAGGUCAGUUAUGGUGCGGAAUUGGCCCAAUUCCACAACAGAAGGGAAGCACUGACGACCGUUGGCGACUGUAUCCUCUUCGGAGAGAGGAUUGUGAUUCCCGCAGCUUUGCAGCAGAGAUGCCUUAGACAGCUUCAUCAAGGGCAUCCGGGCAUCCAGCGAAUGAAGGCGAUUGCACGCAGUUUCGUGUAUUGGCCAUCAUUGGACAGCGACAUCGCCGAUCGAGUUGCUUCAUGCGAAGCAUGCCAGGCUGCGGCGAAAUCACCACCAUCCCAGAUACCAUCAUGUUGGCCGAAGCCACCUGGGCCUUGGCACCGCGUACACAUCGAUUACGCUGGACCUGUGGAGGGAGCCUAUUUCCUGAUUGCGGUAGAUGCCUACUCCAAGUGGCCGGAAAUCAUUAAAACUGCAAGUAUUACCUCAUUCGCUACAAUAUCUAUUUUGCGAGGAAUAUUUGCCAGAUUUGGACCGCCAGUUACAUUGGUCAGCGACAACGGUACCCAGUUCUCCAGCGAGGCCUUCAAGGAGUUCUGUGAGUGUAACGGCAUCGACCAUGUUCGCACACCGCCUUUUCAUCCACAGUCCAACGGCCAGGCAGAGCGAUUUGUGGAUACCUUCAAGCGAUCACUGAAGAAAAUACGGGCGAGGAACGUGUCCCUUGAAGAGGCCCUGGACUUGUUUCUUCUCACGUAUCGCUCAACACCAAAUCCUGCUUUGGACCAGCGCACACCAGCCGAAGUGAUGUUUGGAAGAACGACCAGGACAAUUCAUCAUCUAUUGCGCCCUCCUGCAGCAUCGGAGUCUACAGCGAAGGAUGACUUUCGUGAAUACCAGCCUGGUGAUUUAGUGUAUGCCAAGGUGUAUCGGGCAAACUCUUGGAAUUGGAUAGCAGGGAGGAUUGCUCGCAGAAUUGGCAA